AUGGGUGCCUACAAAUACAUGCAAGAGUUGUGGCGAAAGAAACAGUCGGAGGUGAUGCGCUACUCUCUUCGAAUCCGGUGCUGGCAAUACAGACAGAUGUCAGCCAUCCACCGAGCACCAAGACCCACUAGACCCGAGAAGGCGCGACGACUUGGAUAUCGUGCUAAACAAGGCUACGUCGUCUACCGUGUUCGUGUCCGCCGUGGAGGCCGCAAGCGUCCAGUCACCAAGGGACAAACUUAUGGAAAGCCCAAAACGCAUGGGGUCAACGAACUGAAGAACCAACGAGGACACCAAGCUGUAGCUGAGUGCCGAGUCGGACGUUUGUGUGGUGGUCUCCGUGUGUUGAGCAGCUAUUGGAUCGGACAAGACUCGACUUACAAAUUCUUCGAAGUGGUUCUCAUCGAUCCCGCUCACAAAGCCAUCCGUCGCAAUCCCGAUACUCAAUGGAUCACCAAGCCAGUGCAUAAACACCGUGAAAUGCGAGGACUCACUUCGGCUGGACGCAAAUCACGAGGACUUGGGAAAGGACAUCGCUUCUCGGCUACUCGUGGUGGAUCACAGGCAAAGAAUUGGCUCCGCAAAAACACGAAAGUUCUCCGCAGAAAGCGU